AUGACCCCUCCAACGAGCGGCUCUGAGACGCAGCAAGAGACGGAGUUCAUUCCCAGGGCGAGCCCGGAGCGGCUCGACUGGCUCCGGCAAUCUUUGCGGAAUUGGCGUACGCCAGCGCAAAGAGAUUUUAUAUUCUCCAAGGUUACUGAGGCAGAGUUCUGGGAGCCUAUGCAGGUGCCCCAGCUUGGUGUUAACGUUAUUUUGAAUCAUAUAGAAGCAUUUUCGGAGGAGCAACAGAAGUUGCUGAAGGAUCGGUCUCGAUAUCCCAUGCGGCUCCUUGCUGGUGCUCGUAGUAAUAGCAGAGCACCCUCGGUGACAGGCUCUGAGAAGAGCCGGGAGACUCGACGUCGGAAGGUUCACAGGAUUGGUAGUCUUGUCAGCUCUGGCGGGUACAUCACUGUUGGAUCAAGUCGGAGGGUUCAUACUGGCUCGAAAGAAGAGCGUUCCCGAGGAAGGGCGUUGAAAAGAAAAGUGAGGGAACAGCAGAUACAGAAGAAAGCGGAAGAAGCUGCAUCGAAGGCGCCUAAGACGACCGAAGGCUCCGUCAAGUCAAGCGUCGAGGCCGAGGGCAUGAGUACGCCUGUAAACGUGGAUGAUGACGAGCCUGCACAGUCGGUUGUAAGGUCACCUGUGGGCAGUCCUAGUCUUGAGGUUGACUAUUCUGUUGAUUCCCCUGUUCUGGUUUGUCCCACGCUACCACGUGACGAGAGAUCCGUCGACCCUCCAUCGGUGGAGGAAAAAGACUGUGGGAACUCAACAGAAAUGGCAGAUGCGCCUCCUGGUGAUGAGGAUCCGAGAGAAGGUAUCUCGGAGAAAAAGCGAGCAGUUCUCGCAAAGAAGUAG